CGUCAACACGAUUGGCAUGAUGAAGACCGUGUCAGCGGGCAGCAUGAUCGGCACUUUCCUGUUCGUGGCGAUGGCGACGAUGCUCGCUUCAUCACCCGCGGGUGCGGCUCCGCUCACGAACUGCGAUUUUUUUGCCUGCAGCAAGUGGGUCAUACCUACGCUGAACAUCUGUCCUGGUGGCGACAGGGCGUACACCCAAUGCACAGGCGGCAUCAAGCACCAUGUCACAACUGACACGGCGACGGUGGACAUCGCAACGCAGAAUGUGAACUCUCAAUGGUGUGGAAUGAGCGCCAGUGAGAACGGUCCGUGGAACACAAUCAAGUGCGCCAACAAGUUCACCACCAUUCAGCAGUGGGUCCUCAAGAAGAACCUUCAGGAUGACGCGCCAUGGUUCUUGAACAAGUACAUCAAGAUCCAAAUCUCAGCCGCGCAGUACAAGGGAGGAUGGGGCAAUUACAACAGCAAGGGGAACCCCCGCGACUGUGUCAUGAUCAGGACAUCUAGCUUCUUCGCCAACCCCAACGGCACUCCGUGUAGCUCGAAGAUGGAGCUGGAGCUAUGGAGGCACAGGUUGGACCGUGGAGGGCUGCACAUAUCGCGGGUUGUUCAAUGGACGCAAGAUGUGACCCAAGAGGUGGCACAGGAGGUUUGCGUACUUCCGUCGGAUUCUGCACACUUCAUUGUGCAGAAGGUGCAGGCUCGGUGCGCUCACAUGUUGGAGCCGGCACACACCGCUGCUCACCUUCUCUGUCCUAGCCGGCGGGACUUGAGGUACUAUGAGGGCGUAGUCAGCGACUACGACAUGAGUUCAGUGAGGGAGGUGGAGGUUGACAUCUUGUCGCAGACAAAGUUCGAUGUGGCGAGCCCCGAGUACGAGACCUCAUGUGCGCAGUUGUGCGGCUUUCACACACGGAGGGGGAGCAUUGCGUGGAGGGGGAGGGACGGAAAUAGAGAGGCACAGAGGUGCACCGGCGAUGUGGAGAUGUACGAGGCUGGGUGUUGGUGGUCGAAGUGGGAACAGUGCACUCCGCAGUUGCAGGUUAUCGCUCUUCGUGUUAUGUACAUGUGUACGAGCUCCUCUUCUGUGGAGAGGAAUUGGGUCGUCCACGAGGGUGUACAGACGAAGAAGCGUAAGCAGCUUGAGUUUGACAGGGUUGCGAAGUUGAUUGAGAUCUCAGCCAACGUCCGCCUUCUCUCUCAUCAGCGGGCAGGCCGUGGGUUUGUGUUGCCGUGGACUCUAGAUGAGUCCUUGUUGGACGUGGAGGCAGGCAUUGGGACUCGCUCCUCGUGGAAGGGGACGGACGACAGGAGGACGCAGGAUGAGCUAGAGUGUCAGAGCCGUUCGUGGCAGCGAGACCCGUGUGGGUCGAGAGCUCCUCCGGGUGAGGUUGCAGAUGUUUUUGGGACUCGAGCUGCUACAUUGUGCCCGUACCCUAGAGAUGACGACAGCGAUUACGAGGGUCGGGAGCAGGAGGACGAGCGGGCGGGCCCCACUGCUGCUACUCCUGCCGCACAGGAGGCUGAUGAGUGGAGCGACCCGGAGGACGUCCCUAGACGGAGUGGCGGGGAUGACUUCUUCGGUGGAGUUGAUUUGGAGGGCGAGAUGGGUUUAGGGGGUCGUUAUGGGAGCCCUGUUGAGCGGCAGAGGCCUGGGUCACCUGGCCUACGGUCUGCUGAGCGAAAGGGAGUGCAUGGAUCUGCACCUUCGAGGGGGGCAGAGUCGGGUUGUGGUGGCCCUGUCCCUAGCCAGCGACUGCGCGGAGGCGGUGCCGAGGUUGUUGUGGCGGUUGGCGGGGACGCGCUUGGGGAUGUUGGUGAGGAGGGGAUGCCGGCGGGUGGCGGAGGAGGUUUCAGUGUGUUCAGUGACUUGGGUAUGCCCCAUGGAGAGAGCGAGACCCAGGGGGACAUCAGUGUCGGCCUGCAGGCCAUAUUGGGACAGAUCAGAGCCCUUCACCCGGAGUCUUUCUCCCCUGCCAUGCGUGCGGAGUUGAUGACGUCACCACCGGAGGCAGAGGGAGAUGAGGACCGCACACCCCCUGGAGAGACAUUUGCAGAGAGGCUGGAUAGGCUUGAUAGUCGUCGAGCUUGCCUCAUGGCACGAGGGGACCCCAGGACGCAGGAGUUGGCCCGUCUUGUGGUUGAGAAGCGACAUAGAGAGUUCGGGACAUUCACGCCGACGUCCCUUGACGUAGAGACAGUUGUCCACAUGUGUCCUCCGAUAGGGGAUCGCGAUGGGACGCGGGGGGAGGCAGCUUUAGCCGAUGCGUCGAGGAUGGGAGGUGGUCCACAUGCGUUUUUUUUCCUCUUUUUAAAAAGUUGAGUAGGUGACCUUCAUCGCUACGAAAAUCGGUGUUGCCGAGCGUUCAAUGAACGCGCGUUUCGCGU